AUGGCUUCUCCGGAGAUCUCCCUUGUCCUUGAAAAAUGGCUAACAAGUUGGUCACUCUGGACAUUGGUGAAAACAGACUCUCAGGAACUGACCAAACUGUAUGGACUGUAUUUCUUGAAUCUUUCUCGCAACCAUUUCAAUGGAAAGAUACCAGAAAGCAUCAGUGACUUGCAACAGCUGGAAUCACUUGAUCUAUCAGAGAAUGAUUUAUUUGGUACCAUUCCUUCAGGCAUGUCUACUUUGAAUUUCUUGAGCUAUUUGAACCUAUCCCACAACAAUUUGUCAGGAAAAAUUCCAUCAGGAGGCCAACUUCAGACUUUCAAUCCAUCAGUCUAUAACUGGAAUCAUGAUCUCUGUGGGUCACCUCUUCAGGAUUGUGCUAAUAAGACACAUUAUUCCCAAGGUGCUAACGAGGAAGAAGGAAAAGGAGAUUGGUCAGAGGUGUUAUGGCUUUACAUAGGUCUUGCAAUGGGAUUCAUAACUGGCUUCUGGAUGAUCAUCGGUACCAUUAUUAUGAAGAAAACAAUAAGAAUUGCCUGUUUCCGAUCCAUUGACAAAGUAUAUGAUUGGCUGUAUGUUAAGAUGGUUAUGUGCUCUCGGAGACUCAAAUCAACUUCCUCAAGGAAGAACUAA